CUCCGACAUACCACGUGACCUCUGAGUGGAUUGCACGAAGCGUGCCUGAGGUGAGAGUGUGAGGGAGACUCUCUGAGCGAACUCUCGAUCGCUGCUGGAGGAAGCUACAUAGCUGCCUCCAGCACCCUGAGUGACAUUCUCCCACUGUGCAACAUGGACGCCAUUCGACGACACGGACGUCUCGUUUUCAUGCGGCGGUCGCUUGCUAGGCAAACGGUAUUUCGUGAUCGUCGAAACCCUUUCGAGAUAUACGACGACGAGAUGUAUGAACGCUUUCGCUUCCACCGCCGCGGCGUUUCUGUGAUUGUGGACUUGGUGCGCGAUGAAAUGGAACGGAAAACAAAGCAUAGCUGCGCGGUACCAGUGGAGCUGCAAGUCCUCGUUGCGCUGAAAUUCCUCGCAAGUGGAAGUUUCUUCAUAACGUGUGGAGAUACCGUUCAUGUGCACGUGUCCACUGCGAGCCGGAUUGUUCGUGCCUUAGUGCUGGCGUUACUUCAUCACCUCCACAAGUACGUGCGGUUCCCAAUUGGUGACGAAGCAGGCUCUGUGAAGGAAACGUUCCUACGAAAAGGUGGUUUUCCUGGAAUUGUGGGUGCUGUCGAUGGCACUCACAUUCGUAUUCAAGCUCCUGUACAACAUGAGGAAAACUACAUCAACCGAAAAGGCUUUCACUCCCUGAAUGGUCAAGUGGUAGUGGAUGCCAAUUCGUACAUUACAAAUGUUGUGGCUAAGUGGCCAGGCAGCGUUCACGGCUCUCGAAUCCUUCGAAGCAGCUGCAUCGGAGAACGUUUUGAAAGUGGCCACAUUCGAGGCAUGCUGCUCGGAGACAGUGGGUACCCGUGCAGGCCGUGGCUUAUGACACCGUUUUUAAGACCAAAUGGGCACGCCCAGGAGAUGUACAAUGAGGCACACAAAACGUCACGGUCAGUUGUGGAACGAGCAAUUGGCCAGCUGAAGAGAAGGUUUGCUUGCCUCCAUGGAGAACUUCAAAUGGCACCUGAACGUUGCUGUGGCAUUGUUGUUGCGUGCUGCAUCCUCCACAAUCUGGCAAAGCAGCUGGGAAUUCCUGACGACAGAGCUGAGCCAGAGCUUCAGGAUGACUCUGAUGAGCAAGAGCCACAACGGGCACCACAAGACGGGGUGCAUGUACGAAACUUGAUUGUGCAGCGACAUUUUACGUGAGGUCCUCAUCAUAUAACUGUGCAGAUGGCUCCUUUUUCUUUCUACGAGCACCUGCACUGCGACUGCGGCUUCGACGUGGGGCUGACUGCGGAGGGCUACCUCUUGGUAAUUGGUGGACAUCGGGGGGCAAGGACGGCCCAAAUGGUUCUGCUGGCUCAUCUGGGAGAAUGUCAGUAGCUGCGUCAAUGGUGGAGGAACCCUCAUCUCGCUGUGUGGCCAUCCUGCAGUGGUACAGAAAGUCCUCAAGAUAUUUGAUGGGUAAUGCAUCGCCAUAUGUGAUUUGUAGCAUUCCAUGCUACAAUUUGUGUCAUCUUCACUGAUUUUCCAAAUAAAGCUGAAUACUAUUGUACACAA